CUCAUUGAAAACGGAAAUACUUGGCUUAAAGAUAAUUUUGUUAUGGUUAUGUCUACCGUCUUUAAGAUUCAAAGUUUUAAAAGAAUCCAAUCUUACGUUACAACAGCACUUGCUCCACCAGUAAAUUCAUAUUCUAAUAUUCUUGCAGUUCUUAGUAUUGCUGAUGAAUUGGCUCUUGAUAAGUUAAUUGAACGGAUUAAAGAAUCUACUGUUUGUAUAGAUCCAGAACCAUUAUUAUUUGAGUUAGAGAAAUUUCCAACAUUAGAAAAAGAAAUUUUUAUGGAAUUUAUUAAGAGAGAUGAUCUAGGAACAGCUCAACUUACUUCUCUAUCUGAUGAAAAACCUGUUAAUACGGAUGUCGCUAGCUGGGGAGAUAAUGAAUUUUCACGAUUUAAAAAAAAGAUAGAACCAUUUAUUACUUAUGUUCGAUUUUGUGGAAUGUCACGGGCUGAAUUCUAUCAUCAAGUUAUGCCUUUUGAAAGAGCAUUACCGGAAGAUCUUUAUAAAAAAUUAGUAGCUUAUUUCAUGGCCGAUAUUAAACCAAAACGUAUUAGGGUGCAACAACGCGUAGAAAUGGCUAAUCUUGAUUCCGCCAUCAUUAAUAGGAAAAAUUCUCGGGCCAUUGUCAGGUGGAUCAAAGGAAUAGCUGUCUUUACCAAACAACCUUCUUACGAAUUUAUACUUAGCUACCGAGCGACUCGUUGUGAAUUUGAUCACAUAGAACUUAUUUGCAAGCUGAAAGGUUAUGCACGAGUUGCGUUGAUUAAAGUUAAAGAUUCGGAUAGAAUAAUUGGUGGAUACAUUGGUAAUAAACCUAAUGUUGAUGGGCUUGUCUUUGGUUUUGGAAGUGUAAUAGACUCUAAUUUUAAUACGUCUUGUCGUGUAAAAUUCUGUAGUAGUCUUGGGUCUUCAUCGAUAGAUUUUGGAAAUGGUUACUUGAAAUUUCUUAAAGAGUCAAGACCUGAAAACAUUUCAAUUUUUUUUAAUGGUACAAAUAUUACGGCGGAAGAAAUUGAAAUAUUCGAAAUUAGGAUUAUGCAAUAUUAG